GCUGGAGUAGCAUAGAAAAAAUUAACUGUAAUCUGUGGAUGGGAUGAAGAGAUACCUUGUUUUGAUUUUACGUUCAGUAAAUAUAAAAAUAUAAAAGGGCUAUUGUUUUAGCUUUAUGCAAUGAAUAAUGAAGAAUUUAAAGAGCGUCUCAGUGCAAUGUAUUGAUAGUGAUAUCGCACUUCUACUUCCUAAUGGUGUUUACGAAAUAAAACAAAUGGAACCCAAAUCUUCCAAGUUGAAAAGAAUAUCAUUUUUUUGCCUAGUGUUAGCCGUUUUCGGAAUAUUAGGUUUCGGAUAUUAUUGUCCUGACAAAGUAUGUGCUCUAAGUUCAAGAGAGUUACCCAUAUCAGUAGUAGAAGACAACAUUGGAAAACCCUUAGCACAUAUUUAUAGUACCAAAGUAGGUCUAAGCUAUGAAGAUAUGCUCAAUGAUGAUUUCACUUUUGAUAUGGAUUCCCAUGAUGUUAUGGUGUUUCUACAUAUGCAAAAGACAGGUGGAACUUCCUUCGGAAAGCAUUUGGUUCAUGAUUUAGAUUUGCAAAGGCCAUGUACUUGUCCUCUCACAAGGAAAAGGUGUUACUGUUUCAGACCACAUUCAAACCAAAGCUGGCUUUUUAGUAGAUAUACCACUGGUUGGAAAUGUGGCUUGCAUGCAGACUGGACAGAAUUAACAAACUGUGUUGAUGGAAAGUUAGACGAAAUUGAAGGAACACAAAUAAAAAGGAGAUAUUUCUACAUAACUUUACUUAGGGAACCAAUAUCAAGAUAUCUUUCUGAAUUCAGACAUGUUCAACGUGGGGCAACAUGGAAAGGCUCUCUUCAUACCUGUAAUGGAAGACCUGCAAUGGAUGAUGAGAUACCACCUUGCUACGUUGGUGAAACUUGGGAAGGAGUUGAAAUAAAUGAUUUUAUCGAUUGUGAGUCCAAUCUGGCCAUAAACAGGCAAACAAGAAUGCUUGCUGAUUUAUCCUUAGUAGGUUGUUAUGACAAAAAUUAUAUGUCUAAGGGUGAUCGAGAUCGCAUAAUGCUUGCUAGCGCUAAACGUAAUCUAAGAUCAAUGGCUUUUUUUGGGCUCACAGAAUAUCAAAAAAUUUCUCAGUAUAUUUUUGAAGAAACUUUUAACCUUAGAUUCGCAAUACCAUUUGAACAGAAUAAUUCCACUGUUUCAAGCUCAACAAUACCAUCUCUAACACCCACUCAAGCAACAAAAAUAGCAACAUUGAAUAACUUGGAUAUAGAAUUAUACAAAUAUGCAAAGAGACUUUUGAUGGAAAGGUUUCAGAAAGUUAAAUCAAGGGAUGCAGAUUUUGAAACUAGGUUCCAACAUUUAGGAGAGCUGAGUGGGAAAAACGGGGAGAGUGAAUUUGAUUGGGAUAACCUUCCCGACAAUGAUUAUGUGAAAAAAUUGGAUUGAAAAUCCUGUCCAUAUAUGUGAUACUGCACUUUUCACCUUCCUUGAGGAAGUCACAUUUUCGCACCAACCAAGUGCGGAUUUUUGUAUUAUACACCCUUGGGUAUAAUAUUAUAUUAAUAUUGUAUCACUUAGGACAAUCUUCUUUUUCAGUGAUAUAGGAUUUCACAGUAAAAAACAACUUAUUGUUGGGUAAUUCGAGUUACAGAUAAAAUUUUGAACCACAAAAACUUAUUUUAGGCCUCAAAUAUUAUCUUUUACGGUUUUGAAAUAAAAGAUUUUGCUAUAAAAGUUAAUGAUAACUAUUAUAAAAGCUUUCAAGGAACUGAUACCAACAGUAUGAAUGAUCCAACAAUAACAUAAUCUGUCACAAAAUUUAUUGGUUCACACCAGAAAUUGCUGCACCAGAUAGAAUUUCUGAACAAAAAUUAAUAUUAUGAGCUUUUUCAUUAUGAAUUGUAAGUUAUUCCUUGAUCUCAAUAUCAGAAUCACAAAAACUUGAUUUUCAUGGUAUGAAAUAAUUAUAAAAAAUCAAACACUUCCAUUAAUUCUUAAAUUCUCUUUGUUUUCAACAUUACUCCUUGAAGCAAUGAUAUGAUUUGGAUCGUAUUAUUGAAUUAUAAAAAUUUUAUGGCAGAUAUACAUUCAGAAAUUCCCAUUUUUAUUCAUCAAAUAAAUUUAGGAAAGACGGGAAGCAUGUAAGAUCAAAAAAUAACAAUGGGUUCGUGAAAUAUCCAGAAAUUUCAUUUAUUUUGAAUGUUUUUUUAUCUAUACUCUGGUUAUUUAUUGCAUGUUAGCUUUAAUUCCAUGAUAUGAAGAUAGACUUGAUUAAUAUUUUUAUUAUUUGUAUAUAUAUAGAGUUAACUAGGUUUCAUAGGUCACUAAAACAAUUUCCUUUCUUUGUUUGUGCCAUUUUUAUUAUGCAUGUAAUUCUUUUUGGUUUGAUAUAUUGAAGUAAGCAUCAUGAGUUCGUUUUUUCAGUAGUACUCAGUUAUUUUAAUUGAAGAAAAGGGAGUAUGUGGAUGUGAUCAAGGUUGUGUAACUUUCAUUUUUGUUAGUUGAUGAUUUUUUUAAUCAAAUAUGUGUAUGAAUACACAUAGUUUUCAGCAAUAAUAUUUUGUUACGUCUCUUGUUCUAUAAUGGUACGAAGACAUUUAUAUAAUAAAUAUUCUCUUAUUUAACAAACCAAAGACUAAUAUUGUAUACUUUAAAACCAUAAUCUGUUAUAUCAUUUAAAUGAUCUACGGUUAUUCUUGAUUAUUCUGUGUAUCUGCAUCAACUAAUGUAAUUCCAUCUCCAGUAAUAGAAUUACUUUUUGUUCUUUUUAUCAAGUAGGUUUAGAAAUUUUGAAGGUUGAUAUUCUUUAUUUGUACGUAAUACUUAGCUUCUUCUUUACCAUUUUGGGGUUAUUUUUCGAAUUUGAUAAAACUGCAAGCGUUGAAUGUAAUGGCACAAGCUAAACACCACACAUAAUAUCAACCUUAAAAAUUAGAAAGCCUACUUUGACGAAUUUUUUUGAACACUCUAGGAAAGAUUUCCAAUUAAUUUUUCAUAUUCAAAAUGUUUUAUCAGUGUACGAAAUUUAUUUUUUUUAUUAAGAAAAAUUAUGUUUACCUAAUAUUAUGAAUAAUUAUAUUCACAGGGUCCCAGAAUAUUCAUAAAUUGUUAGUCCAGAGGAAUUAAUUAUUCUUCUGGCACAUUGAAUAUAUUGGUAUUUUCUUCCCUUUGUAGUUGAGAAAUGAUACCUUGAAGUUGAACAUAUCCUUUUAUAAAUUUUUACAUUAAAAUUAUAAGUUUCAAUGUUUAAUACCUAAAUAUAGGUGCAUGUAUACCUACAGAAAAUAUAGUUUUUAUCAGUA